AUGUAUUGUUAUUAUAUUUGUUUGGCAUAUAACCCACAAUCCAUGUCAUCUACAGACACCGUAUGUCAACUUGUGUCCGAUGCUUGUGACAUUCAACGUCUAUGUAUAUCUAUUGUCAGGAGGUUGCAGUACAUGUCAUACAUCCUCCAUCCAUUGAAUAACCAGUACUACCCAUACAUUGUCACAUGUGUACAUCAAGGAUCACCCGUACAUUGUCACAUUUGUACAUCAAGGAUCACUCACAGAUUGUCACAUUUGUACAUCAAGGAUCUCCCACAGAUUGUCACAUUUGUACAUCAAGGAUCACCCUCAGAUUGUCACAUUUGUACAUCAAGCAUCACCCUCAGAUUGUCACAUUUGUACAUCAAGCAUCACCCUCAGGUUGUCACAUUUGUACAUCAAGGAUUACCUCAGAUUGUCACAUUUGUACAUCAAGGAUCACCCGUACAUUGUCACAUUUGUACAUCAAGGAUUACCCUCAGAUUGUCACAUUUGUACAUCAAGGAUCUCCCACAAAUUGCCACAUUUGUACAUCAAGGAUCACCCGUACAUUGUCACAUUUGUACAUCAAGGAUCACCCUCAGAUUGUCACAUUUGUACAUCAAGGAUCACCCGUACAUUGUCACAUUUGUACAUCAAGGAUUACCCUCAGAUUGUCACAUUUGUACAUCAAGGAUCACCCGUACAUUGUCACAUUGGUGCAUCAAGGAUUACCCGUACUUUGUCACAUUUGUGCAUCAAGGAUUACCCUCAGAAUGUCACAUUUGUACAGCAAGGAUCACCCACAGAUUUUCACAUUUAUGCAUCAAGGAUCACUCACAGAUUGUCACAUUUGUACAUCAAGGAUCACUCGUAGAUUGUCACAUUGGUGCAUCAAGGAUUACCCGUACUUUGUCACAUUUGUGCAUCAAGGAUUACCCUCAGAAUGUCACAUUUGUACAGCAAGGAUCACCCACAGAUUUUCACAUUUAUGCAUCAAGGAUCACUCACAGAUUGUCACAUUUGUACAUCAAGGAUCACUCGUAGAUUGUCACAUUGGUGCAUCAAGGAUUACCCGUACUUUGUCACAUUUGUGCAUCAAGGAUUACCCUCAGAAUGUCACAUUUGUACAGCAAGGAUCACUCACAGAUUGUCACAUUUGUACAUCAAGGAUCAUCCGUAGAUUGUCACAUUUGUACAUCAAGGAUUACCCACAGAUUGUGAUAUUAUGUAAACACAGGGUCACAAUUAACCGUUGUUUGCCACAUUAAAUACAUUCAGCAUCACUAAUGGAUUGCCAAACAUAUAUUAUGUAUGAGGCGUAAAACUAAACUCACUCACUCAUAUCAUAUACAUUCGGCAUCACCCAUCGAUUGCCACGUGUGCAUCUGUCAUCGACCCAUUGAUUGUAACAUUUCCACAUUCAGUAUGACUAACAGAUUCUCACAUGUGUGUAUCCUACAAAAGCAUUGUAAUUUCUAAUCUGUUUAAAACGAAAAUUAUCUUCAGGAAGAACUAGUUGUUUUGAACGCAAAUCUUCCUAUGGAAAUAAUAAAUAUAUGUGCAGAUGAUAACGUUUCUUGUCUCACACGACGUGGGGUCAGGUGACAGGAGACAGAUGCACCUGUCACGCCACCUCGUGACAUGGCACGCCACCGUGUCCCAGACGGAAUAUACUGAUACCACAUCGAUGUCUCACGGGUAGAUAAAUAACGGGACUUCUGUUUUUUCGUUGAUAAUUACAUAUCAUUACCAUGACAGCUUCAAAUUACUUUUGCUAUUUCCCGAAAAUUCAAUUGUCGAUGAAUUCAUUGUUCAUGUUUCUUCCCUUACUGGAAUAUGCGAUAUAAGUAUGCUCCACUUAUUAAAAGGUUAACUUAUACAUUGUUAAUAUUUU